AAUAAAUAUUUUAAAUUUUAUAUAGAAAAUCUCAUGUAAUUUGGAAUUAAAAAUUUAAAAAUACCAUUUUUUCCGAGAUACAGUAUUUUUUUUAACGCCAAGCCGGCAAGGAAACAUCUGGCACCACUUUUUCAAUACGGCCUGAGAAUGAACGACGAGGAAAUUAUAAAGCAGCGGCUACUGAUUGACGGCGAUGGAACUGGCGAGGACCGACGGCUCAAUGUGUUGCUUAAGCAGUUUCUCAAGUGGGCCAACUCCAAAAACGACUCGCCGGAGGCCAGCCAGAUGAUGUACGACCGACUGAUGGCCCAGUUCGCACAGUGCAAGCUGACGGCGAUGAAAAAUGUCCAAACGCUUCAGAUGAUCAACGCAGAAACAGAAAACUACAGUCGUCUGGUGGAGCAGCACGAGGAGAGCAUCGUGCUCGCCCGGGAGGAAAUCGAGGCCAGCAAAAAGGAACUUAUCACCGCCAAGCAGAUAAGGAAGAACAAAAUGGAAUAUGAUCUGCUGGCGGAGCUCAUCGAAAACCAACCGGACAGGAAUGGCACCCAGCGUCAGAUCGAGACCAUUCGGCGGGAGAUCGACGACCUGGUGCAGAAGAAGUUGAAGAUGGAGCGAAAGUUCCAAAAGCGGCGUAAUGAUUUCACCCUGCUCAUGUACACCAUCCACGAGCUGGAACAGCAGCUGGAUCAGGAUAACAGCUCUUCCUCGGCCUCGUCGACGGUCAGUGAAAGCGACAUCCGUUCCGGGCACGACUUGGACGACAACGGAAUCAUGGAGGUGAGCGACGACGACGACGAUCUCAACAAUAGCGGUCCCACCAAGUUCGAUGGUGCUCGUGGGGAGCCCAAGUAUCCAUCUGUGUCUACGGAGGACUCUAAAGCCAUGUCCGUUGAGGAGGAUACUGUGCUGGAACUUAGCAUUGAUAAAGAUGAGCACGACGUGGAUGUAGCAGUAGCUAGUUAGGUCUUAGGAUUCCCAUCAUUUGAAUAACAAUAAAUGCGAAACUAAUAUUUACAUUA